AUGAAGAAGGGCGAACCGAGACCCAGACCUGGAGACCUGAUUGAGAUUUUCCGCAUUGGCUAUGAGCACUGGGCCAUCUACAUGAAAGAUGAUUGUGUGGUCCAUCUGGCUCCCCCAAGUGAGGACUUUGAGGCCGGCAGCAUCACCUCCAUCUUCAGCAACCGGGCUAUUGUAAAAUACAGUCGUCUGGAGGACGUGCUGCAUGGCUGCUCCUGGAAGGUUAACAACAAGCUGGAUGGGACAUACCUGCCACUGCCCGUGGACAAGAUCAUCCAGCGUACAAAAAAGAUGAUCAACAAGAUGGUGCAUUAUAGCCUGAUUGAAGGGAACUGUGAGCACUUCGUCAACAAUCUCAGAUACGGCGUGCCCAGGAGCCAGCAGGUAGGGCACCGCUGGCUUCCCCCAUGA